CGGCAACGCCAGUCGCUCGCGCCGCUGGCUUAGUUAGUUGGUCGCGCCAACGCGAGCGAAGAAGAAGCGUCGCGCAGCUACUACUUCCCGAAGAACUGGCGAAAAGUUCGGCAACAACAAAACGUGCAAUAUUUCAUCAUUUCACUUCAGUCGUGUUCGCAUAGUCAACGAAUUCAAAUGAUGAACACUUGACAAUCGCCGCUAUUACUUAAGCACUGCUACUGGAAACUUCUCGCAAGUCUUCCGCAACUUUAAGGACACGUUUUUACUAAAAAUUAAACAAUUGCAAAAUGUGGUGGUUUAACAAGUGCUCGGUAUUGACUUGGUUCGUUAUCUUUAGUGUUUUUGGAAUUAUCGAAUUGGCACAGGGUGAAACAAAAAGCUGUCGAUUUCCAGGCGCUCCAGCGCACUCCAACGUGGUAUUCUCGGAUGAAACAUUAGGACCCGGAACAGUUGCGACAUACACCUGUGAGAGGGGCUUUGAAUUACUGGGACCUUCACGGCGAACAUGUGAAAGGGGCCAAUGGCUACCGGAAGGCAUUCCAUUUUGCGUUUUGAACGUGGCCGCGGGCAAAGCGCCGAUGCAAAUCAGCACAGAAGCCGGCGGCAUUCCGCAGAAAGCUAUCGAUGGCAGCACGAGUGCUUUCUUCAAUGGUGAGACAUGCACGUUGACCAAGACGGAGAGGACGCCUUGGUGGUAUGUCAAUCUGCUUGAACCGUAUAUGGUUCAAUUAGUUCGACUUGAUUUUGGCAAACCAUGUUGUGGGUCAAAGAAACCGGCGACUAUUAUAGUCCGCGUGGGCAAUAACCGUCCAGAUUUGGGCACGAAUCCGAUCUGUAAUCGUUUCACUGGUUUUCUCGAAGAAGGCCAACCGUUGUUUUUGCCCUGUAAUCCGCCAAUGCCCGGUGCAUUCGUUAGUGUCCACUUGGAAGCACCAGCCGCUGCUCAGUUGAGUAUCUGUGAAGCAUUUGUCUACACGGAUCAGGCUUUACCAAUCGAGAGAUGUCCACAAUUCCGUGAUCAACCACCUGGCAGCACAGCCACUUACAAUGGCAAAUGUUACAUAUUCUACAACAGACAACCUUUGAAGUUCCGAGAUGCGUUGUCAUUCUGUAGAAGUCGUGGUGGUACCCUGGUAGAUGAGAGUAAUCCAGCGCUACAAGGUUUCAUAAGUUGGGAAUUGUGGAGGAGACAUAGAAGUGAUGCCAGUGGACAAUAUUGGAUGGGAGCCAUCAGAGAUAAACAACAUGGCGGAUGGAAUUGGUUGAGAGGUGAAGAGGUUACAGUCUCCUUCUGGAAUCUACCAGUUGGAAGUGGAGAUUGUUCAAGAUACGAUGGUACCAAAGGAUGGUUAUGGUCUGAUACAGAUUGUACAAUGCAUUUGAACUAUAUUUGUCAACAUCAACCCAAAGCUUGUGGAAGACCUGAACAACCUCCUAACUCAACAAUGGUAGCACAAAACUUCAACGUCGGUGCAAAUAUUGAGUACAGUUGUGAUGAAGGACAUUUGCUGGUGGGUCCAACGACCAGAACAUGCCUGGACACUGGGUUUUAUAAUGAGUUUCCACCGGUGUGCAAACGCAUUCAGUGCGGAUAUCCGGCAGAUAUAACAAAUGGCGAGUACCACUUGGUGAACGAUAGCGUUGGAUAUCUCAGCCGGGUGAUCUAUUCCUGCGACGAAGGUUAUGAAAUGGUUGGACGCGCACAGUUAGCAUGUGACAUCGAUGAAAGAUGGAAUGGACCUCCACCUCAUUGUGAAUCGGUACGUUGUUCACCACCUGGUGAUAUUGCAAAUGGCGGCUUUACUGUAAGCAACAAGGAACUCAUCUUUGGUACAAUUGUUGAAUACUCGUGUAAAAACGGAUACAAAAUGGUUGGAUCACGAACACUCACAUGUCUUGCCAAUGGACAAUACGAUGUCGUACCACCAGUUUGUCAAGCAGAAGAAGUAAUCUCAACCGGAAGUCCGAUAAUAGUAAAGAGCACGACGCGUUUGCCAACCUCGCGAUUUAGAACACGACCCACGCGACCUGUGCCGACGACAAUCAGAGCGGAAACCGAAAUCGUGCGGCUGGAAAAGACGAAGCGCCCGCCGUUCAGACCCACCGCCACCACCACUGAAAGAGCCACAACGACAAGUUUCGUCAACACGAACAAUAUUUUACUGGCGGCGCAUCCGCAGGAUAAUGAGAUUGCUGGUAGCAGUAACGUGCAACAUGGCGAGACGCCCAACGUCAAUAUUCCUCUGUCGAUCGACGGCGCGGAAAGAAGAGAACCGUUUGGUGCCAAACUCAACAUGGGCGCCAUCAUUGCGCUUGGAUCUUUCGGUGGUUUUGUUUUCCUGGCUGCGAUUAUCACAACGAUAGUGAUAUUGGUGCGAAGAAAUCGUAGUGCCAAACAUUAUCGCCACCGAGCAUCGCCGGACUGCAAUACAGUGGCGUCGUUCGACUCAUCGAGUUCGGAGUCACGCAAUGGUUUAAAUCGAUAUUAUCGACAAGCUUGGGAGAAUCUGCAUGAAUCAGCCGGAAGUAAAGGCUUAGGCGGUAUGAAACCGGGUUCCGGGUCGCCAUUACGCCGCAAGGAGACGAUGGAUGAGCCGUCGUAUAAUGCACGACAUGGCGACCGUCAUGGCGACGGUGGUGGGAUGCCUGCUGGCGAGAAGAAACGACAUCAUCAUCAUCACCAUCACCACGACGUACGGCCACACAAGGAAAACCGUGAAUGGAGAGAAACGGGGCGGCCGCGUGAUCAUAAGCGAUACUAGAACACAAAAUGAUCGAUCAUCUAUCGAUUUGUGUCAACACGGAACAACGAAUCAAUUUGGUUCGAUGAUGAUUAAUUGUACAUGACGAUUAUAAUAUUUAUUAUUCUAAUCACUUAGCGUUAGCAAACUGCACCUAAACAACGAAGCUGUUCAGAGCAGACGAACGAAUCGAGAUUUUAUUUAUUUUGAUGUAAUGUUAGGGAUGUUGAGUAUACAGAAAAUUUUAAUGUUGAAUUCCUUGGCCUUGCUUUAUAGGAUGACUUUUAUUGUGCGACGGUUUGUGCAUAGGAAAAUAAAGAAAGGCUAAUGCAAUUCAUAAGUUAACCAAGAACGAAACAGGGACAACGAAAUAUUUACGAACAACUAGAUAACGACAAGUUUAUUUACAUCAGGAAAACCACACCGAACACGAAAUCUGUGUCCGAUAAUUGCAUUCCGAGAAGUAUUCUUAAACUUCAUAAGCUCCCUAAGUGUCUUGGUUGUUGGGAGUCAUGGAAAGUUGAUCCAAUCCAAACCUGAGACUUAAUCUUCUUUGUUAUAUCUUAUUAUAACUAAACUAUUUCUUGAUAUUCUCAGUGUUUAAUGUCGGAAUGCAAUUUUUGAACACUUCAAAGUGCCAUUUGAAUAGGCAUUGAAAACUACAAAUCGAGUUACAUCACAUCACACCACGCCGCUCCAAAUCAGAAGGAAAAUAUUUAAAAUAAAACACAUCAAUUUGUCGCGACAGAAACAAGUAAUAUUUGUAUCACUGAAGCUGAAGAUACAAAUUAAAUAUUAUUAAUGAUAACAGACGUAGUACAUAGAUGGUAUGAUUGUUGGAAUGACUGAUGACUGACUUUCCAAAUAAACGACAGGCAAUUUCUUUCUAUGUGUAUUAUAACUGUAAUAUAACUAUGAUAUGUAAGUGUACAUGUAGCUAAGCAUGACUCUCCAACAAUGUUUCAUUAAUUUCCAGUUUUAGCGUCGUCAGUUGAGCGGUAUUUAAUAGAUUGAAGACGAUAUUGUACUUUAUUGAUUUAUUGCAAAUUGAAUUAUGAUAAAAUAAAUAUUAUAUUUAUGUUA